UAAUAAAGGAUUAAAAAUAGGACAGAAGUUUGGAUUGGUGCUCCUGACCUAGUUUUAGAAGGAUACUUCAUGAAUAUUCGAAAUGAGACUCAGUGUUUUGGACUAGAAGACUGGAAAACACUAACUGACAAUUCCAACGCUUCUGACUGCGUAGCGUUCAGUGGCAAAACAUCACAAUUUGUUAUAUUGCCGUGCAACACCCAACUCCCUGUUUUAUGUUCUUCCAGUUUUGAAGCUACAACAUUAGCAUCGGUAUCAAGAUUAACAACCGAUCCCGUACCAUCAACAUCGGUAUCAGCAUCAAUUCUAACUACAUCGUCAACAGCCAGUAGUUCAACAUCGGUAUCAACAUCAACUCCAACUACAUCGUCAACAACCGGUAGUUCAACAUCGGUGUCAACAUCAUCUCCAACUACAUCGUCAACCACCGGUAGUUCAACAUCGGUAUCAACAUCAACUCCAAGUACAUCGCCAACCACCGGUAGUUCAACAUCGGUAUCAACUCCAACUACAUCGUCAACAACCGGCAGUUCAACAUCAGUAUCAACAUCAACUCCAAGUACAUCGCCAACCACCGGUAGUUCAACAUCGGUAUCAACAUCAACUCCAACUACAUCAACUGGUAGUUCAACAUCGGUAUCCUCAUCAACUCAAACUAAAUCGUCAAAAGCCGUCAGUUCAACAUUGGCGCCAAAAUCAUCAACCACUGAUUCUGUACCAUCAACUACAACUUCACCUUUAAAAACCGUCAGCUCCACAUUGGCCGCAUCUUCCUUGUCAACAUCUACACCGAAAUCAUCAAGCACAGUUAAAUCGUCAACAGACACAUUCCAAUCCGUAUAUGUAUCAUCAUCCUUGUCAACAACGCAAACAACUUAUCUUAUGAAAUCAACUACAGCUUCCUCUGUGAACCAAGGUUGUAUGUGUCCAUGCGAGCGAAUGAAAAAUCAGGUCUUCAUUACGGACAAGAAAGUGCUCAAAGCUAAAAUCGAAAAAAUGAAAAAGGAGUUGAAAGUUAAUAAAGCAGAUUUGAAUAAAAAGCUUCGCAAACGAUUAUCUGUCUUUGAUAAACGUGCCUCUGCCAUUGCCUUUGGGACAAUAUUUGGACCAUUACUCAUUGCAUUUUUCAUUGGAAUCAUCGUCUUUAGCGAUAUACCAAUCAUGAUGCGCCAUCUAAAAUACGGUUUAUGCAGAAGACUUGGAAAGAAGAAAAGGAAAAGACGAAUUGGCUCUGAUGAUGUCCGGGGAUGUGUCACGGAUGUCCAAAAGGACAAAGAUGAAAUUCAGGAAGAUGAGAUAAUCGAUAACCCAGCUUAAAACUUAUAUUUGUAUUUCCAUUUAUCAGCUGAAUCGAUAUAUCUCGAAUAUCGAUAGUGUGGAAAAUCACUUAAAUAACUUAAAUUGAUUAAAAAGAUGUACAUGAGAAACAAUGAUGCCCUCGAAGAGCUGCUUGUGGCGAGGGUUGAAAUCUCUGAAAUGCAAGUUAAACUCCAAGGUCUAAAUUGUUGGUACCAGUGGAAGGUCUUCUAACAAGUAAAACCCCCUAACUAGUGUCGCCAGUGCGUGCUCAGUGUUCUGUACAGUUUAACAAAAUAUAUACAUGUACACUUGUGAA